AUGCUCUGGGGUGGCCCCUCCGACAUCAACGACACGUCCUUCCUUAACACCGUCAAAGGUCUUGUGAACAACGGUACCAAGAUUUCCAACGUUUUGACCUUCAAUGAACCAGAGAUGUCCGAAAACGGCGGCAGCAACGUCAGUCCAGGGUACGGAGCCCGAGUCUGGGUGAAUAAUAUUAUUCCCCUUCAGAAGCUGGGCAUCAGAGCCGGUCUACCCACCCCAGCCGGCUCAGAGCGUGGCCUACCGUGGUUAGAGCAGUUUCUAGGCAACUGUUCGAGCAUCACCGGCACACAAUGCGCGUACGAUUUCGUGACUCUGCAUUGGUAUGGCGCUUUUGAGGGGCUGGCAAGCCAUAUUGGCCAGUACGCUGCAAGAUUUCCGAACACUUCGAUUUGGGUCACCGAGUACAACCUCAAUAACCAGUCUCUGAGAGACACACAAGUUUUCUUUAAGAUGUCGGCCGAGUACUUGGAUCGUCUACCUUAUAUCGAGCGCCACUCAUUCUUUGGAGCGUUUCGAUCGUCAGUGUCAAAUGUUGGCACCAACGCGACCAUGCUCAGCGUCGGAGGGAGACUGACCGACAUUGGGAGAUGGUACUUGGGCCGGGUCGGCAACGGCGUGGACCCAAAUAGCACAGAUUCUGGGAGCCAGGCACCUGGCCGUCGGUGGGCGGUUCCGUCGUCUUUGGUGCUCGUCUUUCUUGCAAUUAUUCUGGUCGUAUGA